UUUGCACUGAAUUUUGGACCCUUGACUCUCUCAAUAAUUGUGAAUUUCCUCCUCAAAAUCAGUGUUACAAAGUAAUUAAGUGCGCGUAAGUGUGUUGAGUUUCAUAUAGAUUGUGGUCUAAUCACCCGAGGUUUAAAUUUUGAACUUGAACUUCAAAAUUCGUGUCGGAGCCCGUGCUCGAUAAAACGUACCGCACCUCCACCCUACACCAUGUUUGAUUUUUGACUAUAAGUGAAUUCUCUCACCUUCGUCCAUUAAUUUUAUUAACGUGUACUCGCUCUCGACCAGUGUUUGAUUUCCUGUCAAUAAGUUCUGUUAUAAUGAAAAACUGAUCGUGACUGACCAGUGAGUUACAUUCAUUAACUUGUGGUGUGCAGUGUGUGUUCAUUGGAACAAUCCUCUACUUUUGUGGCUUAUUUGCCCGUUGAGUAAUCGUUAAUCAUGAAAAGGAGUCGUCAUCGAGAGUCUCCCCCUGCUAGAAGUAAGAGAUCCCGCUCCAGGGUCCGUCGACACUAUGAUGACAGUUCUGAUGAGCGAGUGACCCCUGAUAGGGCGCGUCGACGGUCAAGCCGAGGUCGCUCAACAAGCCCUCGAAGGUACUCACCAGACCGAGAUGAUUACCGUCGUGAUGCUGAAAAGUCCUACCCCAGUUACAAAGUGUUGUGUGUCAGCGCGCUACAUCCGAAAGCCAGUGAUGAAGUGGUUAAAGAAACUCUGUAUCAUGAAUAUAAAAAGUACGGUGACUUCAACAUCAGAAUAUCCGACGAACUCGGCGAAAGAGUGGCGUACAUCUGUUUCAGACAUCCUGAAGAUGCACGAGAUGCUAGACACAGUAAACCAAGAGUCGUUCUCUACGAAAAGGUGGCAAUUGUUGAACCUGUCUACGAGAGAGCCCGAAGUCCACGACGUUCCCGCAGUUUGACACCUGAAUAUGAUGCUCAUCUACGCCGCUCUCCACCUCCUGAUAGCAGGUAUCUUUUGCCUCCUGAAAGCAUUUAUGGGAGAGGUUAUAUUGCUCCUGUUCCUAUUCCACACCGUGAUCCUUUGAGAAGAGAUGCGCCUCCAAUGAUCCAUGACUUCUAUGCUCGUGGUCCUCCCCUCCACCCACUUCAUCCUCACCCAUUACCUCACCACUUACCUCCAGCCAUGCACUCUGCCUAUGGUCCACCCCGCCACAUGAUGUUUCCCCGCUUUAAGCCUCCCCACGAAUACCGCAAAUCAGAGAAGAAGGAAAAGUUCCCGAAUUACUUACACCACAUACCCCCUGAAGAUGACCCUCUAGCCACCCGAACCCUUUUUGUCGGCAAUUUAGAAGUGAGUAUCCAUGAUGAUGAAUUACAUAAAAUUUUCUCACGGUAUGGAGUUGUUGAAGACAUAGAUAUCAAGAAACCUCCACCAGGCACUGGGAAUGCAUUUGCGUUCGUUAGGUUUCAAAAUUUGGACAUGGCUCAUGCUGCCAAAGUCGAACUGUCAGGACAGUAUAUCGGGAAGUUCCAGUGUAAAAUCGGCUACGGCAAAGCUCUACCUUCAGUCAAGAUUUGGGUCGGUGGACUUGGGUCAUGGACAUCAAUUUCGCAAUUAGAAAGAGAAUUCGAUAGAUUCGGAGCUAUUCAAAAAAUUGAAUAUGUGAAAGGAGAUACCCAGGCUUACAUACUGUACAAUUCCAUCGAUGCAGCAACCGCAGCAGUCAAGGAAAUGCGAGGAUUUCCACUCGGUGGACCUGAGCAUAAACUGAGAAUUGACUUUGCAGACGUUACCUCUGCCGGAGGAAAGAGUAAAUCAUUCUCACGGAAAGAUCCAGCAUCCUCAGCAGGAGACUUCAGAGCUCGAGAUGAUAUACCUGGUUUUGAUGCGGCUUAUGAUGCCUGGGGUGACUCCGACCUCCCGAGCCCACGUUCUUAUCGGAACAAAGGAAGAGACAGUUACUCUCGACUUCCACCUGGUGAGUAUGAUGAUGACUGGCCUAGUAGAUCUCACGACUAUGAUUCUCAUAGAGGAAUCAAAGGUGAUAAAUCACCCAGACGCCAUUCUGGAAACAACAGUGAUUCUGACUCUGAGCUACGGCGUGCCAAUGGGAUCCUUGGUGCAGCAAAAACUCUUGCAGAUCUUGCCUGGCAGUCAACAAGCACCUGGUCAGGAGGUAUUGUUCUCAAGAAUUCUCUUAUCCCCCUGAAAUUUUACCUAACAGAUGGUGAUGCUAGUUUGAUUGAUUCUCUAAUGAAGAACGAAGAGGGUAAACAUAUCUUGCGCAUUACUCAAAGAUUGAGAUUGGAUCAACCAAAACUAGAGGAUGUGUCAAAGCGCAUAGCAUCCUCCAGCUCUUAUGCAAUAUUCCUUGGUUUAUCGAGUCCCAACACGUCUAUCAAAAGCGAGGAUGUUUCAAUGCCUUUACAUUCUUUCAAGUAUUUGAUGUCAUAUUUGAAGCAGAAAGAUGCUGCUGGCGUGAUUUCACUAAUUACCAAGGACUCAGAAGUCACAGGAGUACUUUAUGUCUUUCCACCUUGCUCAUUCUCAACUGAAUUAUUGAAACGAACAGCUCACAGUGUAACGGAGGAUGCACUUAAGGAAGAUCAUGUGAUGGUUGUUGUUCUUAAUUGCACACCUCCGUAAAUUUCAUUUUAAAUUGCCGAUGUAAAUAUCAGCCUCCAUUAUAAAUUUUCACUUGUGUACUGGUUUGUCAGUCUGCGUAGGAUUCCUCUGUUCAUACUUUGAUUAGAUGAAAGUGUAACUAGAAAAUUUUUAAGUGAGACACUAGUCGACGUAAAAAAAACUCGAGUCCAAUGAAGUGGAGGUAUCAUUAUGCAUUCGAUUAUUCCCUAAUCUAUACGUCUUUUUGUUAGAGAACAUUCACUUGAUAGAGUAGCAACAACCCUCCUAGGAUCAUGAGUGGAAUGCAUUAAAAACCUAACAUAGCAGAAAGGAAGAGAGAGGUUUUAAAAGUUAAGCAGUUUUUUUACAUGAGCGAUCCUUAUAUUUGAGUUGUAUUAUUUACUUUAAUCCAGAAAUAGCAUAUUUUACUAUGUACAGUUAUUGGUGGACCACAUUUCUCUAUCUUUGACUAUGCUUAUGAGUUCUCAGUUGCUCAGUGACUAACUUUAUUUUAUCAAUGACUAAACCUGAUCUGGAAAGUUUUUCUACUACUGAACAACCUUUCAAUUUUGAUUUACUUUACUCUUACGGAUCACUCCGAUUCCAUUGCUUGACUUACUCUUUAAUUUUGUCUAUCUUUUUAGGCAGUUUUAUUUUUCUGAAAAAAUCUCCCCCCUCAUCAUUUAUUCUUUUUAUCAUACUUGUUUAUGUCCUAAUUCCCAUAGAUGAGUGUUAUUUUUCCAUAAGGCUGACAAAGAAGCUUUCAUUAAUAUUCUUUCCUGCCUCUCCACUAAGAGUUGCUUUACUUUUUCACUGUAAUUAGUCUUUGUAUAAUUUUUAUCUUUCUUUGCCAUCUCCAUAUUUUAAAAAUACCAAUUUUAAUCUCUCAAAACCGCGAGAUGAUGAAAUUGAGCGAGUGCGAACUUCUAGUGUACUUUUUUAAGGUUUUGUGGGAAGCUCUCGGAAUUCAAAACCCCAUUCAACUCUCAGAGAUGUAAUUUUGUACUUACUGAGAAUUGGAAGUCAUCAGUUGAAAAACCUGUUAUUUCUGGCCUUACGCAACGAAAAAAUAAUUUGAAUAAUAUUAAACAAGAAAUUUAUUCAAGACUUUUCAUCUAGUCAAUUAAAAUUAUUGAAAAUGCUAAAUUUUGUAAAAUUUCCCGCUCGAAUACUCGUGACUGCUGCGCAGAGUAACCCUCUUGCACUAUAGUCAACUUUCAAAAUUGCGCAUGAAUAUGAAUAAUUGUAUCACUCUGAGACUGCAGCGCAAUAAAAUAUUGACAGUCUAAAGAUCCAUUCUUUUGUUGGCUGUAAGUAGAGGUGAAAUUCAUUUAGUUUCUCUUUAAAAUUCCAUCAGUGGAAUCUCAUUACUUGAAAGAGAAACUAAAUUAAUUUGACUUCUAUUUACAGUCAAAAAAAGAAUAGAUUUUUAAAGUGUCAGCAUUUUUUCAAACCAUUUUUGGCUUAUUAAUUUUUUAGGCAAAAAUCUGAUCGCCUUUCAUGGAUUGAGAAGUUAAGUGACGUUUUUAUGAUUUUUUGAAAAGUGCAUCAUAGUUGAAUAUUAAGUGCAAGCUUAUUAUGACAUAACUCAACUUUAAUCUCGAACAUCUGUGCUGCAAAAAGGCUCUAGCGUCAAAUUUUGCACUGGGCAUCCCCUGAAGCGAUUAAGUAAAAGCUUGAUCUUAAGAAAUAUCACUCAACUUAUCCAUCUGGAAUACCCUUCAAUUGCGACGAACAUCCUCUCAUCAUUUUCCCUUCUGGUCAAUGGGCACAUUGCUAUAAAAUAUUCCAAGAGCUUUCCAAGUUAGAUUUAUAUUAUUUCAAAUUAACAUCUUUAAUAUUUAUAGGAUCUCUCCUAGUUUGGAAUUAGGUAAUUUUCCUAAUUUUACUUCUUUUUUUUUUCUUUUCUUUUUUUUGUUACAAGUGCUUUCCUUAUUUAAGCUUUUAAUUUUUUUUUUUUUUUUCCAAAUCAUCAUUAUUAUUUUACUGCUUUCCUUGCUAACAAUAUUCUAAUUUUAUGAAGGUUGCAGUUCUUAGACUCACUUUUAAUUGUUUUGAAUUAUGUAUUUUCAGCAUUAUCUAUUUCAAUUAAUUUUUAUCAACUCUCUUUGCACUAUUCUCCCGUACCAUCCCCUGUUUUAUUAUGUCGCAUCUAAUUUCAGUGAAAUAGUUAUUUUUUACCCUGCCUCCUUGAUAGAAGUGCGUGUAUUUGAUAUUGGGGAACAGAAAUUUUUCUCUUGUGCUCUAGUGGAGUGAUUUUUCCUUCCGAACAAUUCAUUCGUUCUCCCCAUUAACACAUACAAGCAUCACCUGUGGGUGGCUCAAUUUAUUUCCAUCUAUUCUCGCUCAAUUUUACCCCAGGAAAUCUUGAAUUGUCAGCUUCUUUUUAGUGUUGUACCUAUCUGUGGAAAACCUGUGUCAUCAAACCAACCUGCAAUGUUUUUUUUUUUAAAGUCUCUGCUAUUUUUCGCGAAUGUUCCAAUAGCUGUUCAAUAAUAAAGUCAUGGUUGAAAAUUA